UCCUUGCAGGGUGUCUGAGCUAAACUUCACCAAAUAAUAGCUGUUUGUAUUUUGGCUGCUGCAGGAGCCAUUUUAGGUCCCACUUGUUGAACACAGAAAAGCCUCUGCCCUACAUUUGAGUUGUGGGGUCCUGAGGUCUCAUCUGCAAACAUACUAAAGUCUUCUGAAAACUUUGCGUCUCUCUGGGGUGCUAGCCUUUGGUGGAAACGGGAAAGAGACCCCUAAGACACAGUUGAAGAAACUGAGAUCUGGGGAGAUGGAAUAAAUUACCCACAUCAUACAACCCUUGUGUUCAGGACCUAGAUGUCUUCAUUCCCAGUCUGCAGAAAUAAGUAUCUUCCUUGAAUUGAUGAAAAUGAAAAUACAGAAGAAAGAGAAGCAGUUGUCAAAUUUAAAAGUUUUGAAUCACUCCCCAAUGUCUGAUGCCUCUGUCAAUUUUGACUACAAAUCCCCAUCCCCGUUUGACUGCAGCACUGAUCAGGAAGAGAAAAUUGAAGAUGUUGCCAGGCACUGUCUGCCCCAGCAGGACAUAUACACUACUGAAGAAGAAGCUGACACCCUUUUCCCUAGGAAAGUGACAUCCUGCAAUGGGACAGAGGAUAGUGGAGGCGGAGGUACUGGAGUGAAGAAGAAACGGAAGAAAAAGGACCCAGGAGAGCAAGGUGGUACAGCAAAGGGAAACAAGGACAGGGAGCCCAAGCCAAAGAGGAAGCGAGAACCUAAAGAGCCAAAGGAACCCAGGAAGACCAAGGAGCCGAAGAAGGCCAGGGAGCCCAAGGAGCCCAAGCAGAAAGAUGGAGCAAAGAAGGCGCGCAAGCCCCGAGAGGCCUCUGGCACCAAGGAGGCCAAAGAGAAGAGGAGCAGUGCUGACUCUGCAGCCAGGACAAAGUCCAAGAAGGCCAGCAAGGAGCAAGGACCAACACCAGUGGAGAGAAAGAAGAAAGGAAAGAGGAAAAGUGAAACAACAGUGGAGAGUUUAGAACUGGAUCAGGGCCUGCCGAACUCAUCCCUGCGGAGUCCCGAGGAGUCCACUGAGUCUGCUGACAGCCAGAAACGACGUUCAGGUCGACAAGUGAAACGCAGAAAAUACAACGAGGACCUCGACUUUAAAGUGGUGGAUGAUGACGGGGAAACGAUCGCUGUUCUUGGAGCUGGCCGAACAUCUGCACUCUCAGCUUCUACACUGGCUUGGCAGGCAGAGGAGCCUCCAGAAGAUGAUGCAAACAUCAUCGAGAAGAUAUUGGCAUCUAAGACCGUCCAAGAGGUUCACCCAGGAGAACCUCCAUUUGACCUAGAGCUAUUCUACGUUAAGUAUAGAAAUUUUUCCUACUUACAUUGUAAAUGGGCUACAAUGGAAGAGCUGGAAAAGGAUCCUCGCAUCGCACAGAAGAUCAAGCGAUUUAGAAAUAAACAAGCGCAGAUGAAGCACAUUUUUACUGAGCCUGAUGAAGAUUUGUUCAACCCAGACUAUGUAGAAGUCGAUCGCAUCUUAGAAGUGGCCCACACUAAGGAUGCAGAAACAGGGGAGGAAGUAACACAUUACCUGGUGAAGUGGUGUUCCCUGCCAUAUGAAGAAAGCACGUGGGAGCUAGAGGAAGAUGUGGAUCCUGCAAAAGUUAAGGAAUUUGAGUCUCUGCAGGUUCUGCCUGAAAUUAAGCAUGUGGAGCGGCCUGCAUCAGACUCCUGGCAGAAACUUGACAAGUCUCGCGAGUAUAAGAACAGUAACCAGCUCCGAGAGUACCAAUUGGAAGGCAUGAACUGGCUUCUUUUUAAUUGGUAUAACAGGAAAAACUGUAUUUUGGCUGAUGAGAUGGGCUUAGGGAAAACCAUUCAGUCCAUCACAUUCCUUUCAGAAAUAUUCCUCAGGGGGAUCCAUGGCCCUUUUCUCAUCAUUGCACCUCUCUCUACUAUCACCAACUGGGAGAGGGAGUUCCGGACAUGGACAGAGAUGAAUGCCAUUGUGUACCACGGCAGCCAGAUCAGCAGGCAAAUGAUCCAGCAGUAUGAGAUGGUGUACAGGGAUGCACAGGGAAAUCCCCUUUCAGGAGUUUUCAAGUUCCAUGUCGUCAUCACAACAUUUGAGAUGAUCCUGGCAGAUUGCCCAGAGUUGAAGAAGAUUCACUGGAGCUGUGUGAUAAUUGAUGAGGCACACAGAUUGAAGAAUAGGAAUUGCAAACUUCUAGAGGGGUUAAAGCUUAUGGCCCUGGAACAUAAAGUGCUACUCACCGGAACACCCUUACAAAACUCUGUGGAAGAGCUGUUCAGUUUGCUAAAUUUUCUGGAGCCAACACAGUUUCCUUCAGAGACUGCAUUCUUGGAGGAGUUUGGAGAUCUGAAAACAGAGGAACAGGUGAAGAAAUUGCAAUCUAUCCUAAAACCAAUGAUGCUUCGACGCCUGAAAGAUGAUGUGGAAAAGAACCUUGCUCCUAAACAAGAGACCAUCAUUGAAGUAGAAUUGACCAAUAUCCAGAAAAAGUACUACCGAGCUAUCCUGGAGAAAAAUUUUUCCUUCCUGACUAAGGGGGCAAAUCAGCACAACAUGCCCAAUCUUAUCAACACCAUGAUGGAGCUGAGAAAGUGCUGUAACCAUCCCUACUUGAUCAAUGGAGCAGAGGAAAAAAUUCUGGAAGAUUUCCGAAAAACUCACAGUCCUGAUGCUCCUGACUUUCAGCUGCAGGCCAUGAUCCAGGCAGCCGGGAAGCUGGUGCUGAUUGAUAAACUGCUUCCUAAGCUGAUUGCAGGUGGCCACAAAGUGCUCAUCUUCUCCCAGAUGGUGCGCUGCCUUGAUAUCCUCGAAGAUUAUCUCAUCCAGAGAAGAUACACCUAUGAGCGAAUUGAUGGGCGAGUACGGGGAAACCUGCGCCAGGCAGCCAUCGACCGAUUCUGUAAGCCAGACUCAGACCGCUUUGUCUUUCUUCUGUGCACCAGAGCGGGAGGCCUGGGGAUCAAUCUCACAGCUGCUGAUACCUGCAUCAUAUUUGAUUCUGACUGGAACCCACAAAAUGACUUGCAGGCUCAGGCCCGAUGUCACCGUAUAGGCCAGAGCAAAGCUGUGAAGGUGUACCGCCUCAUCACUCGGAACUCCUAUGAGCGGGAAAUGUUUGACAAGGCCAGCCUAAAGCUGGGCCUGGACAAGGCUGUCCUUCAGGACAUCAACCGAAAGGGCGGCACCAAUGGAGUACAGCAGCUCUCAAAAAUGGAGGUGGAGGAUUUGCUCCGGAAAGGUGCUUAUGGAGCCUUAAUGGACGAGGAGGAUGAAGGUUCCAAGUUCUGUGAAGAAGAUAUAGACCAGAUUCUGCAAAGGAGAACCCACACCAUCACCAUCCAGUCCGAAGGGAAAGGGUCCACUUUUGCCAAGGCUAGCUUUGUGGCUUCAGGAAACCGGACAGAUAUUUCCUUAGAUGACCCUAACUUUUGGCAGAAAUGGGCUAAAAUAGCUGAACUGGACACCGAAGCAAAGAAUGAAAAGGAGAGCUUAGUGAUCGACCGGCCUCGUGUAAGAAAGCAGACCAAACACUACAACUCUUUUGAGGAGGAUGAGCUUAUGGAGUUUUCAGAGUUAGACAGUGACUCAGAUGAAAGACCCACAAGAUCCAGACGCCUCAAUGACAAAGCCAGGCGCUACCUCCGAGCUGAGUGCUUCCGAGUAGAGAAGAACCUGCUCAUCUUUGGCUGGGGCCGAUGGAAGGACAUCCUGACUCAUGGGCGAUUCAAGUGGCACCUGAAUGAGAAGGAUAUGGAGAUGAUCUGCCGGGCCCUGCUGGUGUACUGUGUCAAACAUUAUAAGGGGGAUGAGAAGAUCAAGAGUUUCAUUUGGGAACUAAUCACACCUACGAAAGAUGGACAGGCCCAGACUCUCCAGAACCACUCAGGGUUGUCUGCCCCAGUCCCUAGAGGGAGGAAAGGAAAGAAGAUGAAGAAUCAGCUGCUGCUCCCAGAACUAAAAAAUGCAGACUGGCUGACCACCUGCAACCCUGAGGUGGUCUUGCAUGAUGAUGGCUACAAGAAACACCUCAAGCAGCACUGUAACAAAGUCCUUUUGCGAGUCCGGAUGCUGUACUACCUAAAAGCUGAAAUCCUGGGAGAAGCAGCUGAUAAAGCAUUUGAGGGAGCUCCUGCCAGGGAACUGGAUGUGCCUCUGCCUGACAUUGACUACGUGGAGAUCCCAGUGGACUGGUGGGAUGCUGAGGCUGAUAAAUCCCUUCUCAUUGGUGUUUUCAAGCAUGGUUAUGAGAGGUACAAUGCCAUGCGAGCAGACCCAGCCCUCUGCUUCCUGGAGAAAGUUGGGAUGCCAGAUGAGAAGUCCCUUUCAGCAGAGCAGGGUGGUACAGAUGGGACAUCAGACAUUCCUGAAAGAGGCAACAUGGAUAAAGAAGACACCACCGAAGACAAAUUAGAUGGCCUCCAGAAACAAACGGAGAAUUCCAGUGACGGUGGCGAAGGCGUUUUUGGUGAAAAGAAGGAUGACAGCCGGGCAGCCCAGGAUAGCUCCGACCCAGACAAAUCACCCUGGCCAGUUUCAUCCGCUCUCACAGCUCGUCUCCGGCGUCUGGUCACUAUCUACCAGCGCUGCAACCGUAAAGAGCUCUGCAGACCUGAAAUCCUGGGACCGGGUAACCAGGGAUACUGGGUUCAGGAGGAGAUGUUCAGGAGAACCUCAGAAAUGGACCUCAUCAACAAGGAAACCCAGAAGAGGUGGACCAGGAGAGAGCAAGCAGACUUCUACAGAACAGUGUCUUCCUUUGGUGUUGUUUACGAUCAAGAGAAGAAAACCUUCGACUGGACCCAGUUCCGCAUCAUAUCCCGUCUGGACAAGAAGUCAGAUGAGAGCCUGGAACACUAUUUUUAUAAUUUUGUGGCCAUGUGCCGGAACGUCUGUCGUCUGCCUGCCUGGAAAGAUGGUGGUCCCCCUGAUGCCACCGUCUACAUUGAACCCAUCACUGAGGAACGGGCUGCAAGAACUCUGUACCGCAUUGAAUUGUUACGGAAAGUCCGAGAGCAGGUGCUCAGGUGUCCUCAGCUGCAUGAGCGCCUCCAACUCUGCAGGCCCAGCCUCUACCUCCCAGUCUGGUGGGAGUGUGGCAAGCAUGAUCGAGACCUGCUCAUCGGUACGGCCAAACACGGGCUUAACCGUACUGACUAUUACAUCAUGAAUGACCCCCAGCUGUCCUUCCUGGAUGCCUACAGAAACUAUGCCCAGCAUAAAAGAACUGAUACUCAGGCACCAGGCAGUCUCUGUUGUCUUUACCAGACCAACUCCAAAUUAUAUGAAUCUCUUACCUAUGCUCAAAUGAGUAGGACUUCAGAGUCUCUUGAGAGUGAACCUGAGAACCUGGUGAAAAUUGAAAGCAGAGAUGAUCCUCUGGGUCUGCCUGGAGGCAGCUUUCCUGAUGUGACUUGUGACAAUUUUAUUUCUAAAGUUCAGGAUGUUAUUUCUAUCAACCAUGAUGAAAGUCUGCUGCCUGAGAGCUUGGAGAACAUGAUGUAUGGUAACAAGGUCCUCAGCCCAGAGCCAGGCUCUUUUCAGGAAGGCCCAGUAAUCAACACAGAAUGCAGAAAAGAUACUGUUGUGAUCUCAGCAAGCAAAAAUGCAGGCUGCCGGCCUGGUGACCGUGAGGCAGAAAUAGCUGCAGUUUCUCUUAUGGAUACCAUAGAAGCAGGAGUAGCUCAAAUGAACAUCGAAAGUGGAGAACAUUUGUUGACACCUAUUUCAAAGGAAAGGGAGCGCUGCUGCGGUGAGGCAGGGCGGAGACCUGAAAGCUUGGGGCAGCUGGAAGCCAAAUGCCUACCUUCCACUGCCUUGGAUGCAGGAAAUGAAAGUGGGUUUGUAGAUAUGUGCAGUCUCAGUGUCUGUAACUCUAAAAGAAACCUCUCAUCAGAUCAGAAAUUAAUUGAUUUAUUACAAAGCAAAAGUUUAGAAACUAAAUUGAUUUUGAGUCAGAACCAGAGUGAUGAGGAGGAGGAAGAGGAUGAAAAUGAGGAAGAAACUUUAGCCAUGGCAGCAGGCACCAGAGAAAAGCCAGAAGCUUUGCAUCUCACCAGUCCCACUGCUAACAACCCAAGGGAAAAGAGCCAAGGCUUCCAUCUGGAUGAAGCUAAGAAAGGAAGCCUAGAGGUGGUGAGCCAAACUCCUGGGCCGCCGAGGGCCUUUCCUCCAGCGUCCUGUCAGUGCCACUGCAAACACGUGGAAAGGUGGGCACACGGCCUCGGGAAUGAUGAAUUUGAAGUAGAGAAACCCAAGGCUUAUCACCCAGACCUGUACAAAAGCAAAGCCAAUAAUACCACCAUGGAAGGUGAGCCCACUACUAUUCCAUCAGAGCCAUUUAAAGUGAAGCCUGAGCUUUUAAAAGAACCUUGGAAAGAAUGUGCAGAAAGAAAAAAAGGUUUCUCCACAUACGCUCCCGAAGGAAGUGAACCCAAGUCAGAAGACAUGGAUUUCGAAAAUAAAGAUGACUAUGACAGAGAUGGAACCUGCCAGAGUCAAGACUAUCCAGGGAAAUACUCAGAAGAGGAGAGCAAGAGCUCAGCCUCGGGUAUUGCCGGAGACCUUGGGGAUGACCCACAGGAGGCUCGAGCUCCCACCAUUGCUCAGCUGCUGCAGGAGAAAACCCUCUACUCCUUCUCGGAGUGGCCAAAGGAUCGUGUGAUAAUUAAUCGCCUAGAUAGCAUCUGCCAUGUGGUGUUGAAGGGAAAGUGGCCAUCUAGCCAGCAGUAUGAGCCCUCGGGCACACUGUCCACCCCAGUCUUAGUCAACAGCGCUGGUUCUCGGAACAGUCUCCCGGAGCCAGAAGCAGCAGAACACAGCUUCAGCAACGGUGCGACAUUGGCAGCUCAGGUCCAAAAGGAGAGCUUCUUAGCUCCAGUAUUCACAAAAGAUGAACAAAAGCACAGACGUCCCUAUGAGUUUGAGGUGGAGAGGGAUGCCAAGGCUCGGAGCCUAGAACAGUUCUCUGCCACCCACGGGCACCCCCCCAUCGUCCUCAAUGGCUGGCAUGGAGAGUCAGCUAUAGACCUCUCCUGCUCAUCAGAGGGGUCCCCAGGAGCCACAUCCCCUUUCCCAGUGAGUGCCAACACCCCUAAGAUUGGGGCUAUCGGUUCACUUCAAGGAGCCCUUGGCAUGGACUUGUCUGGGAUCCUGCAAGCUGGCCUGAUCCACCCAGUGACUGGACAGAUUGUCAACGGAAGCCUCAGACGAGAUGAUGCUGCCAUGAGGAGGCGGAGGGGAAGACGGAAACAUGUUGAAGGCGGGAUGGACCUCAUCUUUUUGAAGGAGCAAACACUUCAGGCAGGAAUCUUGGAAGUCCAUGAAGACCCAGCACAGGCCACCUUGAGCACCACACACCCUGAAGGCCCAGGACCUGCUACCUCGGCCCCUGAGCCAGCAGUAGCAGCCAACGGCCAGGCCGAGAAAACCAUUCCAAGCAAGAGCCUGCUUGACUGGCUGCGGCAGCAGGCUGACUACUCCUUAGAUGUUCCUGGCUUUGGGGCAAAUUUUUCAGACAGACCAAAGCAGAGGAGGCCACGCUGUAAAGAACCUGGAAAAUUAGACAUCAGCUCUCUGAGUGGAGAAGAGAGGGUUCCUGCUGUCCCCAAGGAGCCAGGACUGAGGGGGUUUCUCCCAGAAAACAAGUUCAAUCAUACCCUGGGUGAGCCUGUACUUCGGGAUGCAGGCCCCCGCCGGAGGGGGCGGCGGCCUCGGAGUGAGCUCCUGAAAGCGCCAGCCAUUGUGGCAGACUCUCCCUCUGGAAUGGGACCUCUAUUCAUGAAUGGGUUGAUUGCAGGAAUGGACCUGGUAGGAUUGCAGAAUGUGAGAAAUAUGCCAGGCAUCCCUCUCACUGGGCUGGUGGGCUUCCCAGCUGGCUUUGCAACCAUGCCUACAGGCGAAGAGGUAAAAAGCACCCUCAGCAUGCUGCCCAUGAUGCUGCCAGGCAUGGCCACAGUGCCCCAGAUGUUUGGUGUUGGGGGACUCCUCAAUCCUCCUAUGGCAACCACCUGCACGUCCACUGCUCCAGCGUCACUCUCAAGCACAACGAAAAGUGGUACGGCAGCCACUGAAAAGACUGCGGAGGACACACCCGGCGGCCAUGAUGUAAAAGCAGACACGUUAGCUGAAGACAAGCCUGGUCCUAGUCCAUUUUCUGAUCAGUCUGAAUCCGCAAUAACUACUAGUAGCCCUGUGGCUUUUAACCCGUUUCUCAUCCCGGGAAUGUCUCCUGGACUCAUUUACCCAUCCAUGUUUCUCUCCCCUGGUAUGGGCAUGGCUCUGCCGGCCAUGCAGCAGGCCAGACACUCUGAGGUAGUUGGUCUGGAGAGCCAGAAGAGGAAGAAGAAGAAAACAAAGGGGGACAACCCCAACCCCAACCCCAACCCCAACCCCAACCCAGAGCCUGCUCCCGGGUGCGAAAGGGAGCCAGGCGCUGAUCAGAACUGCACCGAAUCCAGCACCCCUGUACCCCCAGAGAGACAACAUGUGACACAGCCUGGAGAAGGGGGACUCAAGGACUCCAACAGUGACACCAAUUAGAACUUUUUCAUUUAAGAAAUUAUUGUGACUUGUUUCUUAUCCCAUAAAGGUUUGUUACUUCCCUCACUCCACCUUCAUAAGAACCUGUGUUUCCAUGAGUAAUAUGACCUACCUAUUUUCCUGUCUGAGAACUAUGGUAACAGAUGUUAAUAGUUGCAGGGUCUUGCCACUCCGUUAGAUAAGUGUCGUCUACCUAGUCUAGGAGGCACAGAAUUCUCAUUCAGUUAUCCAGUCGUUCAUUCCAGCAGUCCUAGUUAAUACAGUACUUGGUGACACAUCCUACCCCCUCUUCUUCCAAGUUUCCCAGUUAUCUGAGGACAAUGGCAAGAGAAAGCUGUCCAAGGAUUUGCCAUUGAAGGGCCGAAGAACAGAUGCAAAGAAGAGCUCUUUUUCUCGUGAGCUAGGUUGAAUAGGGAAAAUGUAGCAAGAAAACCAAAAAGCACAGAAAAAGAAAGUGUUGGUGUGUAUUUUUGUGUUAAAAUACGUCCCUAUUUUAUCAUGAUUUCUGAGUGAGUAGUAUAGUCCAAAGUAUAUAACUAAUGGUUGAAAAUGCGUAUAUUGAUUUCUUUAUAAAAAAACAAAAACUUUACUGUUAGUAAUAUAAUUUCCCCCUUCAUGGUUUUUUAGAUACCUGCAGCAAGAGAAAAUAUUAGCUGUCUAGGCAUUAUUUUGUGUCUGUGUAUAGCGUCCCUCUCCCCAGUUAAAAGGUGACUCUAAGUUGGAGAAAGCUUCGCCCACAGUGAGUUACCACCAGCCACUGGGGUACGGCAGGGGCUCGCUCACACUCUUGCAGAGUUGCACGUUGCUUCACAAGCACACCGAUAGAACUCUGCUCCACCUCCUCCCCUGAAAACCUCUCUGGUCACUAAUUUGCCUCAUUGUGUUUAAAGAAUCCUACUGGAUUUUUAUUUGCGCUUUCGUUCUUCAGGAAUGAGGCUUCCAGAGCCUGGGAGAAGAUAGUUGCUCAACACUUGCUAGGUUCUAUCUUCAGGGUUAUCUGAGGUUGUCAAAAUGCACAUACCAUCUUUUACACUACAACUGUGAAAAGUUUUUUCCCCUCUCUCUCCAUUAUUGCUUUACUCUUUGUAUCUUACAGUCGAGCCCAAAUUCCAAAUUAUCACUUAGCCGAGACUGUCGCAAGUCAGCAAUACUCCCUGUGGUUCCUCCGCUCGCCUGUGUUUCGGGACUGAGUGGGGCGGAACCCACCCAAGCAGCGCUUCCCGUUUGCUUUCGCCUUCGCUCACGUACAUCACAUCCCUCCCGAUGCUCUUCUCCUUCAUGGACAGCUCAUGCUCGGAGACUUGAAAAGAGAUCACAGAUAGCACUCUGGGGGCGCAGGGCUUGCAGAGCUGUUGGAAGUGUUGCGAGUGUUACUAGUACCAGUUUCACUUUGUGUUUGUCACAAUUUACUGUAUUUUUUACUGUUUCUGUUACAGUUUUGCUAAUUUAUCAGAAGGUCCAAAAGUUUGACAUAACUACUUCAGUUUGCAUUAUUUAUUUAUGAUGCUUUUGUCAUUGUCUUUUCUACAUUUGGAAUUAUAAAUUAUGUAAAUGUUAAAAUGAGCAUCUCAAAGAAGUCUGUUAAGUUGUGACCGAAGAAAAUCAAUCAGGUGUAUUUUCCAAAAGCAGAGUCCCAGUUUUUUGAAUCAGAGAUAUAAACUAGAAAUGCUAUAACUGAUCCUAUGAGAAGACAGAAUCUGAUAAUUGAAUAAAUCCUAUUUAAUGACGCUCUCAUAGUGUAGAUGGUCUAUAAUGCUGACAACAGAUUUCUUAGAAAUGCUGCUCUCUCUAUUUAACUAACAUUUUGUUCAUUUUGCCUCCAGUGGAAGCAGAAAGGGUUUUUUCAGCUGUUAAAUCCUGAAAAUCAAUAUAAUUUAUUUAUGUAAAAGAAAAAAAUCACUCAAUCGAUAUAUUUUUGAACCUUUUAAGUACUAAUUUUCUUUUUAUCAAGUAGAAAAAAAAAAUGUAUUUGCCCUAAAUCCUUAAAAUACAAAUGCUAUAAAAAUUCCUGUAUCUUGAAAGCCUUACUGCAGAUGAGUAUUAUAGACAUCCAGCAGAGUCUGGUUUUCUUCGUUGUCCUUGUGUUGUUUUGUAUGGAAAAGCCGCUUUCCCCAGGUUUCACGUAAACCUCCAGUAAGUCACAGGGUUGAAUGUGGAUCUGACGUAGAAACCCACCAGCAUGCGCAACCCCUUGUUAUAUCUUAUCAAACCUGUAUGUUAACUCGGGUGUUCAGGCUUCUGUUUGACUGCUAUUGUGACCCUGUUUUUGCAAAAUGAAACUGACACUCUGUGGAUUACUUGCUCUGUAAGGCAUAAGUGCUUCUUAUGAUUAUUUUGAUAUUUCUAAGAGCAAAAGCCAAAUUUAAACUCUCUUCAGCAAACUUGAGCCUUUUCAUCUAAUUCCAUGUCACUCACAGCCAUAGCUUUCCUUGAUCAUUCUUCACCCCAUGUCUCACGUAAUAAAUUGUCUGUGGUCUUGAUCCUGGAUUUAAAAAAAAAAA